AUGUCUGGACCCAAGUUCAAAGUGGAUGAGGGUGUCCUGUGCUAUCACGGUCCGCACCUGUAUGCUGCCAAGUGUCUGGAUGUGCAGGAGCAGGAUGGCGAAUGGAUGUACAAAGUACACUACAUCGGCUGGAAUAAGACCUGGGAUGAAUACGUCGACGACCCACGGAUUCUGAAGGACAAUGCCAAGAAUAAAGAGCUACAGAAACGACUGUUAUACUUAGCACAAGUGCAGAGCAAGAACAAGGGGAAGGGUUCUAGAAAGAAGACUUCUGGCAAGUCAAAGGAAGCUCGGAAUGAUGAUAAGGAUGAGGAGUUUGCGCGCGAGGUCGAGGAGAAGUUAGCGCUUCCGGACAAGAUAAGGAAACAGUUGGUAGACGACUGGGACGAUAUUGUCAACCAUCAACUGGAGACCUCUGGCGUUCAUACGUGUGCCUUUUCUCAUCUGCCACUAGAAAUUGACCGAAUGCUACUCAAAGCUUUCCCGCCAACAAGCAUAUUUUCCGAAUAG